GAAGCCUCUACGCAGUGAGACAGCCAGAGACAAGAGACCAGAGGAGACAGGAGAUCGGAGGCAAGAGAACAGAGACCCCGGGAGCAGAGGAGGUGACAGCCAAGGCACCAGGAGCUGGAAACAGUGGAGCCAAGAGGGCACAGCUUAACCAGGAUGCUGAUGGGCCCAUUGUGGACAGCCAUCAGCAAGGCGCUGUUUGCCGAGUUCCUGGCCACGGGGCUUUAUGUGUUUUUUGGCGUGGGCUCAGCCCUGCGCUGGCCUUCGGCCCUUCCCUCUGUACUGCAGAUCGCCAUCACCUUCAACCUGGCCACGGCUAUGGCUGUGCAGGUCACCUGGAAGGCCAGUGGGGCCCACGUCAACCCUGCUGUGACUCUGGCCUUCCUCGUGGGCUCCCAAAUCUCCCUGCCCCGUGCUGUGGCCUAUGUGGCUGCCCAGCUGGCAGGGGCCACAGUGGGAGCUGCUCUGCUUUAUGGGGUCACACCAGGGGACAUCCGAGAGACCCUUGGGGUCAAUGUGGUCCGGAGCAGCACCUCGACCGGCCAGGCAGUGACAGUGGAGCUGGUGCUCACCUUGCAGCUGGUGCUCUGUGUGUUAGCUUCCACCGACAGUCGUCAGGCAUCCGGCUCCCCGGCCACCAUGAUUGGGAUCUCUGUGGCACUGGGCCACCUCAUCGGGAUCUACUUCACGGGCUGCUCCAUGAACCCAGCUCGCUCCUUCGGUCCUGCUGUCAUCAUUGGCAAGUUCACAGUUCACUGGAUCUUCUGGGUGGGACCCCUGACAGGAGCUGUCCUGGCUUCACUGAUCUACAACUUUAUCCUGUUCCCGGACACCAAGACCCUGGCCCAGCGACUGGCCAUCCUCAAGGGUGCUGCGGAGGUGGACGAAGUGAUGGGGGUGGAGCCCCAGAAGGAAGAAUCCCAGUCCAGUUCAGGGGACACUGAAAUGGGGAAUGUGCAUCAGAUGGCAUAGAACGUGGCCCCUGCCCUCAGCCUACUGAGACGAGCCUGGGAGGUGGGCAGCAUGUCCUGUAUGACUGGACUCCGGAUUUUCCUGGGGGAAGGGAAGCUUGCAAGAGGGGAUGGGGAGGCUUGGCCGCUUGUCCUAACAGAGUAGGCGGGGGAUGCCAGCUCCUAUCCCUGCAUUACAUUUCUAGACAAAAAGGAUCUGGGGAGUAAAUCUGUUCAGUUUCCUCCUCCCACAUUUCUUACUGGAACAGAGCAGAGGAAGGCAAGGGAAUUCAUGACUGCCUUCCCCGUCUCUCAUCCAUCUGGACUCCAGAAUUGGAGCCCAGACAGCACUCUGCUUGGAGACUGAGGGCUAUAGGAAGCUCAGGGAACCCCAACUUCUCACCCUACCCUUGGGGAGGAGGGGCCAGACUUCCCAGAAGAAUCAGGCC